UACGACAAUCUCGGGGCGCUGGCCGAAGCAUACCGCGCGGCCCGCAGCGCCGGCACGAUCGACGCCCUUGACAAGGCCACGCUCGUCGAGUUCGGCUUGGUGUGGGACCUUGCCUUCCACGCGCUCUGGCCCGACAUCCUCGCGUUUCUGCAGCUCUGGGCCACGCAGCGUAAGACCCUCCAUGACGACGCGGUGCUGACGAGCGACGUGCUGUGGCCGCCAGCGCUGUUGCAGCAGCCGAUCGGGUACUACUUGACGCUCUUGGACGUCCACGAAGACGCGGCGGCGCCGUCACACCGCAGCAUCCUCGACGCGUUUGGGUUCGACUACGACCGGCGGUGGCAAAACAAGCUGGAAGCGCUCGAAUUGUACCGGCUCCAGCAUGGCAGCACGGACGUUCCGACCGGGUACGUCGUGCCAAGCACCGACGAAGCCAGCAGCCCGUGGCCAUUGGCACUGCAAGGCCUGCGACUCGGCGAUAUCGUCGUCUGGCUCCGCGAGCUACGCCCGCACAUGGAAGAGCGCAAGGUCAUGGAGCUUGAUGCGCUUGGGUUCACGUGGGAAUUGCCAACACCGACACCGGCGCCAACACAGGUACCAACACCGGCACCGACCCUUCCGGAAACAGAGCCAGCUUCGUUGACGUCGGGCUUGAAGCGCAAGGCGCUCGCCAUACCGCCGCAAAUUGUCGUCGACCUCACCCUCGACGACGACGACGACGACGACGCCUUGGAUGCUGACGACGACGCGUCACUCAAGAAACCUCGAUGCACCGACUCCGACGACGCUGAAGUCGACGCGAACGAUGUCAACUGGAGCCACUGCGUGCUCGGGCUCAUGCUCUUCAAGUCGACGUUUGGUCACUUUGACGUCGCGUGUGGCUUUGCCGUGCCGGCCGACGACGUCCAGUGGCCGCAAAUGCUGUGGCGCUUGCCCUUGGGACGCAUCGUCCGAGCGCUGCAACUCGGGCACAUUGCGCCGCCGUCGAGCACACGUCUGCACCUGCUCGCCAUGGGCGUCCUCUGGCUGCCCACUUUGGAAUAAUGUAAAAUUGCAUAUCCUUGUGAGCUGACGAA